AAAGUUAUUUUGUGGAUGUAAAUGACACAAGGAUUAAAAUAAAUAAAUUCUAAAGAUCAUUUUAAUAAAUCACUGCGACGCUCCUACCAUAGCCAACUGGACGCACAAUUUAAAAACCGCUGGUGUAGACCAGUCUAAAAACAGUGACUUACGAUAGAUCAUCAGCUGGUGAUAGUUAUCAAAUCGAAAGCUUUGUUACGUCGUAGUUUUAUGUAUCGAAGCUUCCGAUUGGGCUACCUUUUCACAGCUGACGAUUAGUCACAAAUCACUAUAUAUAAAUUGGAAUAUUUUAUCACUGUUUACUGAUUAUGCCGCCUUAUCCAAACAAACGCAUGAACAUAACCUGUCCGGCGAGUACUUUUACUUUUACUACUUUAUACUCAUCUGUCGCUAAUUUGCUUAACAGUACUGGCAGAAUGUUCUACCCAAAUGUCUAGAACAAAUAUGAAGAUUUUAAAUUUUUGUAUCAUUAACAUGAUAAUUUUUAAUACUUCGUUGUAAGCCCCGUGCUGAUUAUACCAUGUUAGGCUUAUGUCAGUUGUGACAGCAUAUGACUUCCAUCUGAUGAGUGUAUAUUUCACUAAUAUAUAGAAAUUUAUUGAAUCAGAAAUGGUUUCUAUUAAAAGAGUUGUUGUAGGUAUUUCAGGAGGUGUAGAUAGUGCAGUUUCUGCAUUGUUUUUGAAGGCAAAAGGGUAUGACGUUAUUGGAGCUUUCAUGAAGAACUGGGAUUUAAAUGAUGAAAUUGGUUUGUGUAGUUCUUCUGAAGAUGAACAAGAUUCUGAAAUGUUGUGUGACCACUUGAAAAUCAAGUUUCAUUGUAUAAAUUUUGUAAAAGAGUACUGGAAUGAUGUGUUUAGUUAUUUACUGAAUGAUUACAUAGCUGGAUAUACACCCAACCCAGAUAUUAUGUGCAAUAGAAAAAUUAAAUUUGAUGCAUUCUACAACUAUGCUAGACAUGAGUUAGGAGCAGAUGCUAUUGCCACAGGACACUAUGCUCGAACAACAUACGGUGACUUCCUCCAGGAUUACAAAAAAAGUUUAGGUGUUCGUUUACUUAGAGCGGUUGAUACAUUCAAAGAUCAGACUUUUUUUCUGAGUCAAGUUAAACAGGAGCCUCUCCAAAGAACAAUGUUUCCCCUAGGGAAUAUAUGUAAAAGUGAGGUUAAACGAAUAGCUAUGGAUGCAGGUCUCAAUACAUUUGCCAAGAAGAAAGAAAGUACAGGAAUAUGUUUUAUUGGUACAAGAAAUUUCCAGAAUUUUAUAUCAGAGUAUGUGGAAGAGAGAAAAGGAAAUUUCAUUGAUGUAGAAUGUGGUUGUGUUAUUGGAGAGCAUAAUGGUGUGCAUAAUUGGACUCUUGGACAGAGGUGCAGAAUUGCAGGGGUUAAAGAGCGAUAUUAUAUUGUCAAAAAAGACUCCAGUUCACAGACAAUUUAUGUUGCCUCCGGUAAAGAUCAUCCAGCACUUUUUACACAGUCUUUUACUGCUAGUGAAGUACAUUGGAUUCAUUCAGUUCCUAAAGACUUAACAGAAUAUGGAAUUCUUCUUUGUCAAUUUCGUUUCCAACAUACUAAGCCUCUUUUAAAUUGUUGUGUAGUUGCUUUAUCAGAGUCAACAAUUUUUGUAAAAUUGGAAUUACCUCUAAAGGCAGUGACACCUGGACAGUAUGCUGUUUUCUACAAGGAACAAGAAUGUUUAGGAAGCUCAAGAAUUCUAUAUGUUGGACCAUCUUUGUUUUCAUUAAAUGAAAAAGUCAAUAAGGAGGGUUUACUUUACUCUUGAAAAAUCAAUAAAUAUGUAAACUUUUCAAAAGAAAUGUCAAUAGCAAUAACCCAGUGACAACUUCAAGAAGUUUAUGAGUGAUAAAUGUAGUAACAAAUAUGUUAAUUAGAAUUUACACCCAAGAUAUUUUGAUAGUGACAAGUGGGAAGACUGUAAAUGCUACUGAAAAUAAUAAAGGCUUUAGAUUUUGCAAUUAUUUUUAUUGAAAUUUUAUUUAUGAACUUUUGUAAUAACUAUUCAUGUGCACCUUAAUUCAAGACCAGAUGACAUUGUAGUUAUGGGCCACGUAGUAUUGUAUCAUAAUAUUUCGAAAGAAGCUGAUUAAAAUAAAUAAAUUUAUUAAUAGCUAACAUUGUGUUUUUUAGACCUCAUUGGAUAGACUUACAGCCUAAUCUGUGAUGUUAAUAAUGACAAUAAAUUGGCUAAUCUCCAAUUGAAUUAUUGUUAAAAUAAGUGUUUUUCAGCUGUUUUACAUUUACAGUAGUUGUUGAGCAACAUCCUUGUUCUUAUUUUGUUGCCAAUUACCAGGGCCCAUAUCCAGAAUGUAUUUGAGAGGUGGAGGGAUAACAGAAAUCCUGACACCUUCCCCACAAAUUUUCAAGAAGAAUGAAUGUGAUUGUCUUCUUGAAAUGAUGUCUCUGCAAAAUUAGUGCAAAUACUUCUUUGAAUGUGAUGUCAUCAAUAUGUGGUAAUUAUUUUUCAAUAAAUUGUGUAAUAGACAAAAAAUUGUUGAAUUUGUGGGAGAGAGAGCCAUGAUCUCUAUGGUCUUCCUGGACUCAUGAAUGCUAAUUAUCAUACGGGGCCAUUUCUUGCCAAAGCGAACAGUUUUCAUGAAAAAUUCACCUAGUGUCUCAGAUGUUUCUGAACUGUUUUGUCCACAUUCCUGAAUAAAUAAAACUGAACAUAUACUUUUUGUUUCUUUCAAACAAUUAUAGUUUAUAAUUUUUGAUUUUUCAUAAAUUUGUUUGAGCUUCCGUCAUGUCAUGAAAAUUCAUAUAUUCCCUCAUAUCUGGAAACUCAUUUAGAAUAAGGAUUUCAAAUUUGUUUAGAAUUUAAGUUUAAACUUACACUAUCUUGUGAUUAAUGUCAUUGUUUAAGUUGAUGUACUAU